UUAGUACGCCACUCGAGAUGGUUCUUCCUAGUUAUAAUGAUGCUGGAGGCUUUUUUUUUUUUCCUCACUUUUUUCCCAAGCUGGAAAUCGUGCAGAAAUUUGUACGGAAAGAUUGAAAGCUUAGGACUUGAUAUAAGUAAAUAAUAAAGCAAGAAGUAAGAUUGCGCUGUUAGUCUUGAGUUCAAACUCGAGCUACCAUCAAAACUGAUAGGUAAUAAGAUAGAUCAAUAUAUUGUAUUCAAAUAUUAAACAUCAUCCAAUUUUUCGUGAUCAUGAAUACUUAAGAUAGCCUAAUUCGUGCGGCAAAAGCUUUAGUGCUGCUCCACACAUUCUAGACUGUUCCAUGAUUUCACCACAGAAAGCAAGAUUGCAUUAUAGUCUGGGGUGGGUGGGGGAUGAAUCGUAAAUCUGAGUAGUAACUCGAAUUUAAUUUUCAGUUUUGGUUAGGUAAUAGCACGCAAAUUAGAUUAUGAGUAAUAUAGAGGUAUAGUGCUUAGUCAAAGUUGUACGUUUUCUGCUGAACAUGUUGCCCAUAUCAUCUUGCCCAGGUAUUGGUGUGAAUGAAAAUUUACAGUGCGGGAAGGAAGAAAUAUAAAACGUUUUAAUAAAGCAAUAUUUUACAUUGGAAUGGGCAGAAAAGGGGAACAGCAUAUAUCUAUAAAUAAAUGAAACUUCCUUGUAAUUUUUGUGGUAAAGUUAAACUUGACAUUCAUAAUAAUUUAGGUGGUAAUCAAACAGAAAACAUUAAAGUCAGCAUGCUUUCAUGUGUUUAUUUUCUUGAAGAACCUAAACUAUUGGUUAUAAAUUGUAAAAUUUUAUGAUUCAAUUAUUAAAAGAUGGAAAAUCUCACUAUGAUAAAAUAAUGCACUACACUACUACAAAACAAAGGCAAUUUAAAAAAAAAACAUUAAGAAAAAUUAGAUAAUACUAACAGAGAGGCAAGUUGGUAUCUUAUUUCUAUAGUAAUGGAGAAGUUAAAUAAGCUACUAUAUGUCCAUAUUUGUCAGAGAGAGAGAGAAUUAUGGAUAUUGAAAUAUAUGGUACUAUUUGUCGUAUUGGCUUCAGCUAGCUUGAGAUCUAAAUGACUAAAAGCUGAAGUUUCAAGAAGAAUUUGAAGGCAUUAGUUGUUAUCAUUUGCCUGGAUUACAUUUGAAGGCCAGCUUUCAAGACAAAGCUGGAGAGCAUCCACAGACCUGUACAGCUUGAUAUUUCAAGAUCUUCCAUUAAGGAAUACUGCUAUUGACUAAAAUGUCACGGGUCAAUAUUUUUCUCACCGUGCUAUUGGUUUCUGCAGAUUUUCCAAAACAUCUCCACCGCUAUGGUGAUCGCUCUUAAAAUCUUCUUGUUCUUUGUUUUACAUCAUUGACUAUGGUUAUUAUGAAAUACCAUGAUGUGUACAGCUCAAUAAGCUGACCUGUUUGUUGGGAUAUUGCUCUGUACCAGUGACCUUUUAUUAUUAUAUACCAUAUAGUGGUAGAGAGUAGAGAGUGAGGCAAAGGAUAUCGGAACCACAUGGGCCCAACUGAGGAGGGCUGUCCAAAACUGCGUCCACUGGCGAGCUGGAGGAUGGUAAUGCCACCCUGGCGCAUCUCACGAGAAUGGGUAGAGGCAGGUGUUGGGGUGAUUCUUCGAGUGCCUGCUCUCUUUUUGCUGGAGGUUUGGUUCCGUACCAACCCUAUGAAAGCUAUUCAAGUCAACACCUUUGAUGUGGAAAUCAUAGUGAAAGUUGUCUAUUAUAUGGCUCUGGUUCUGUCUCUGGUGCUGGCAACACUGCCUUUACGGCAGCUGGUGUGGCUGUACAUGUAUGUGGUGAGUGGAGGACUGCUGCUGGGGUCUUUUCUUCUUUCGCGGGAACUGGUGGAAAGUGAGAGAGCACGAGAGGAAGCAGAUGGAAGCAUUGCUUGGACAACAUUACUGGAAGAUCGACAGCAUUGUCAGAGAUUACUUCUGCAUCUGCUUGCCCAGGCCGUUGUUUCAGCAUUGGUUGCUUACCUUAUUGACUUCACAAACUGGACCAGAUUCCUGCUGCUGGUGUUUGCUCUGCCUGUGUUUUCUUGCAUCAUAGGACUCCCUGUCGUGGUGAUGCAUAUCCUUCACAAUUUUGCAACCAUCUUUACACUAAUGAUGGGGCUCUUCUACCUCUUCAACAACCUGGGAAACAUGAUUGAUCUGUGCAAAGAAGGUGUCAGCUAUGCUGCAGCAUCCAUUCGCCUGUUGGGAAUACUGCCAGUACUCAUCAACUUUUGGCAUGUUGUUCUGUUGCCAUUGCAGCUGCUUCUUUUCUGGCUGGUGCUUUUCUUAUCUCAACUUUAUUUUUUUAUUAACUCAGAAAAUCACACAAUCUGGCAGGAAGGGUGGAUAGUUAUUCUGCUUGCAAGUAUUGGAGAGUGCUGCGCUACACCUGUGAGCCUCUUUGCGCUGUGUGUUACUAUAACAUACUCAUCUUAUGCCAUUCUGUCACUUACAAAACUGUACCUGCAGGGCUUCGGGGCUUUCAACAAUGACAAUGAUACCAUGAGAGGGUGGACUGAGGGUUUCACCAUGCUCCUCAUUGCCGUACAGACAGAUCUCCUUGACUUGAAACCCCUACAGCGUGCUUUCCUCAUGUCCAUCUUGCUUUUUAUUGUGGUGUCAUCCCUCAUCCAGUCAAUGUAUGAAAUUGCAGACCCAAUCCUGCUUGGUCUGAGUGCCUCUCACAAUAAGAGUGUGUUUAAGCAUGCACGGGCUGUGGCACUGUGUACUUUCCUUUGGAUGUUUCCACUGUACAUGACCUACUCAAUUUGCCAGUAUUUUGACUUGGACUUUUGGCUUAUGGUGAUUGUAUCCAGUUGUUUGCUCACUUCAGUUCAGGUUGUUGGAUCAUUAGUGGUCUACACACUCUUUAUGUAUGAUUCUAUCCGGUCUGAGCCAUGGGAAAAUUUAGAUGACAUCAUUUACCUGGCAAGAGCAGUAACUCGAGUACUAGAGUUCAUUGUGGCAGUGUUUGUUGUACUGUUUGGGCUUAUGGAAUCACUCUUCGGAGAGUGGAGUUGGAUCAACUCAGCGAUCCUCAUUGUCCACUGUUAUUUUAAUGUAUGGCAACGCCUACAGAGUGGCUGGAAAAGCUUUCUUCUGCGUUGGGAAGCUGUUAAAAAGGUAGAGAGCAUGCCACUUGCUUCACCUGAAGAAUUAGCACGGCAUGAUGAUGUUUGUGCUAUCUGUUACAACGAGAUGCGUAAUGCUUACAUUACUCCUUGUGGACACAUCUUUCAUGGUGUAUGCCUGCGUAAGUGGCUUUAUGUGAAAGAGUCAUGCCCUAUGUGCCAUCAGAGCAUUGCUCAGCGGGACUCCAUUCCUAACACAGAAAACCAAGCAGCAGGUGGUGUCGAUGAAGUGUUGGCAGCAUCUACAUUUGCAGAUGGUAGUGGAGAUUCAGACCAAGAAAUUUGUAAUGAAGAUAAGGGGGAUGGCUCCGAAUGCUGCUCCAGCAGUACAGAAAGUAGUACCUCACAGACUGAGUAUGAUCCAUCAGAACAUGAACUUGAUGCUAUUGAAGCUGAUCGUCUGUACAUGUUAAGCUGAAUAGCUUUUAAAAUAUAUAUGUAUAUAUAGUUUCUGAUUCAUAAAAUUUUGGGAGUUUUCAGACCGCCAGGAGCCCCAGUUAAAAUUGUUGCAGGAUUUUAUACUCUCAGUUAAAAUUGUUUGGGUUUUUAACCUUCUUUCCCCCACCUCCACCCAAUAAAAAUAUUGGAGUUCUUAUCAAUCUGUAGCAAUAAAUAACCUCCAGAGCAAUGUACAUUUGUUAAUAUUGUCAUCACCUUUAUCCUGGAUAUGAUUUCCAUGCAUAUAAAAUUAUGUUGCUGAUAUUUGAUCACUGACAAAAUAUCACUCUUUAUGUCUGGUUUAUUACAAAAUCUGACAGAAUAAUAGUUCUGACCUAAACUCUUAUGUUGACCCCUAUUGCCAAUGUGUUUUCAUUUCAGAACCUCAGUGCAAAUUUUCUUUAUGUGAUUAGGAAUUCUCAUAUGUGACUUACAUGUUCCUAUGCGAUGGGAAUCCCAGGUGUGUGUGUUUGUGUCUCUCUCUCACCAUAUAUGUUGCCUAAGUGCAUUUUACUUGACAAGUUGUCUUGCAUUUUUGUACUUUACCUGUUCUUAAAUGAUUCAAAAACGCUUUCUCUAACUGUAAAAAUAUUGAGAAAGAUUGUAUAAGAUGUUAGUUCUCAAGCAAAUGCUGGAAUUAUGGCUAUCUGCCAAGUAACAUUGUAACAAGCUUUGAUGACAUAAAAUCUGUCACUUUUUUAAAGUGCCUAAAUAUAAAGUAAAUUAUUCUUUAGGAUAUAUAACAUUAUAUUUCUAAUGUUGGAAAGUGAUAUUUCGAGCAACUAUUCUAUAUUUAAUAUAUGAUACACUUACUUGUUUGCAACAUAGUCACAUUUUUUCUCAUGACAGCAUUUCUUUCAAAAGAGGUAACUGGGUUGAGGAAGUUAGAAGAAUGCUGUUUUGCUAGUCUUUGUCAGAUUUUCCUAGUCAUGUAGAAAAAGCAUUAUGCAGUUAUUGCUAUUGUGUUUUGGUGCCAUAACUAUUAUUAUGUUUUUCCUAUAAAGCAUUAUUUUUAAAUGAUCAUUAUUACUUGUGCAUUAAUUUAAUAUAGAUGAUUGUUAUAUAAAAUGCAGUAAACAUUCUCAUGAUCUGCCUUUUAAGUAAAAUACAAUUUAAUUAAGAUUGAUUUUUAAAGUACUUUUCUGUGGGUGUGUCAUUGCUUUAGUCAAGGUGAAGUGGAUGAUGAAUACUUAAUAGGAAGGCACAGUUUUAUUCAGUAUCUGCAUUGUAGUAAACUUGCUUGGUAGUAGUAAAGCUUACGAUAAAUUUCUGCACAGUAAUCAUUGUUAGUUAUUUACAGUUAAGAUUCAUGAAAAAUGUGCUAUUUUAUUUCUAUUUAUUGCUGUGGUAGAUUAUUUAUGAUGAACAGAAAUAGAUACCAGGAUUGUAAGCAUAUUCAUGAUGAAGAGUAUGUUGGUCAUUGUUUUUCUUAAGUAUUUGAGGUUUUCUCCUUUUUUCAGUUUAUAUCAAUUUUAUCAUAAUGGAUUACCAAAGCUGGGGAAAACUGUGAACACUGUCAUAUUUGUGCUGAGUGUUUCACUGUUGUUUUCUUUAUGUUUUCUAGCUGAUAAUUCAGCCCUGACUGCUCAUUGGCUGAUUGGAGAAUGUUUCUUGGUGGCAGAUAUUUAUAUUAGUGUUAAGUAACUUGUCAUGGAUAUUCAUUUUCACUUUUCUGAAAUAUCUUCAUAUUUUGCAUCUGAAUUUGGAUGAAGCCAAGACAUUCAAAGCACUUCAAUGAAGGUGAGAUUUUGUGGCUGAUCACCAGAGAAGAGAUUGAAUGUUAAAGUGAAUUCAUUAAAACAACAUUAAAGCAUU